AUGUAUCAAUUUACUAUCUAUCACGUGGUUGAACACGUUGAUCAACUCCUUCAGUUGCUCUGUCUGAUCUCCUCAAUGCACAUGUUUCGCGUCUCUUUGUCUCUCGUUCUCCUCCUUUUCUUCGGGACCGUUUCAGCCCAGUUCAAUUUCUUUGAAAAUAUGUUUGGGCAUGGGCAACAACAACAGCAGCAGCAGCAGCAACAGCGGUCAGGAGCGUCUCAAUGGGCUGCAUUUUCUGACAGUGUUUCCUGCUCGCACUACCUCUGUCCCACAACUCUAGAUUGCGUUCGCCGGCCUGUCGACUGCCCUUGUCCCGACAUUCAGGACGUAAAGUGUAUCAUCCCGGAUAUGGAAGGCGAUGUGGAGGACGCGACGGUUGUUUGCACACGAGGGCAGAAUGACUGUGUUGAGGUGGAGAAGCUGAUGCGCAAUAGAAAACUAUGA